AUGCCCAGUGAAACAUCGAAAGCCUCUCCACCAAAAGUCAUCCAACAUGGCAGUGAUUCGCCCACCCAUUCAAAAACUCCUUCAAUAUCCUCAUCAACGGCAACAUCGACCACCAAACGAAUGGAUUCAUUGGUCGAUGAUGAAAUUAUUCAACAGAAUUUAAAGGAAUUAAUGGAAAAGAAAAAUCGAGAAGAACGUAAGGCCAAUGGCCGUAUGGUGGCCGUAAUUAUAGCAUCCCUUGUGAUAUUCUGUGCCGUUUAUCAGGCAUGGAUAAAGAAAUCGGCACAUUUAGCUGGUGUACUGGUACCGGCUCUAAUAAUGUUCUCAUUUGCCGGUUGGGUUGUGAUUUUGGCGAAACGUGAUAAAGCGAGAAGGGCACUAUUUAAAUGCCACUCUGUACACAAAACAAACAGCUAUUUAGUCAAAGAUUUUAUUCUAUCAUAUACUGCCGCCAUAAAUAAAACGGCAUCAGUUUUGGCGGAGAAGUAUAGUGAUGGCCAACGAACUCUGGUCGAGGCUGUCAUUAAUGCCACACCGCCUGUACCCCAACCUGCUACACAUAUAGGUGAUGCUGUUGUAAUGGUACCAGCGGCAACGGCAGCUAGUCCCGCCACAAUUUCCCUCGAAAGUAAACGUAAGCAGCAGUUGCAACGUGUGAAGGCACUUAAGGAACCGUCUAUGGUGCGUAUGGGUUCGGCGCCAUAA